AUACACGCGCACGCAAACAAACAGACACACACCUUCGCUGGUCCAGUGUGCUGGCUCGGCUUCCUAUAGGCAGGGUCUCCACACGCCGAGGUUGUCUGUGGUGCACUUGUCAUCACAACAGAGAUGAUUGAAACUUGACCUGGAUUUCCGACUGUGAGGAAUAACCUUCCCUGCAGGAGGCUUCAAAUCUAGAGCUGCUGGAUCCCUUCUGUGCCGAUAUAGAGAGGGGAUUUAGAGUUUGUGCUGCACUUGGGAACUCCUCCACUGUUGCUGCUCUGUUCACACAGACUCACCACGAUACCUUUUACCCUUACCUCUGUCCUGGCUUCUUAUUAUACUUGACUCAUCACUCCUGUCCUCGAGGGGACUUUUAUCCCUUUAACAGCAUCCACCACCUCAUCUCACCACCUUUUUAUCCAUCUCAUAAUGAACUCCUCUACAUCCAUUACAUCCCUGUUCUCCUUCACAAGCCCAGCGGUAAAGCGCCUGCUCGGCUGGAAACAAGGGGAUGAGGAGGAGAAGUGGGCGGAAAAGGCUGUGGACUCUCUAGUGAAGAAACUGAAGAAGAAGAAAGGGGCAAUGGAGGAGUUGGAGAGAGCCCUCAGUUGUCCUGGGCAGCCCAGCAAGUGUGUGACGAUUCCUCGGUCGCUGGACGGGAGGCUGCAGGUGUCCCACAGGAAGGGGCUGCCCCAUGUCAUCUACUGCAGGGUGUGGCGCUGGCCUGACCUGCAGUCCCACCACGAGCUGAAAGCCUUGGAGUGCUGCGAGUUUGCUUUCGGCUCCAAGCAGAAGGACAUCUGCGUCAACCCUUACCACUACAGGCGCGUGGAGACUCCAGUGCUGCCACCAGUUCUGGUCCCACGUCACAGCGAGUUCAACCCUCAACACAGUCUACUGGCGAAGUUCAGGAACGCCUCCCUGCACAACGAGCCUCUGAUGCCCCAGAACGCCACCUACCCAGACUCCUUCCCCACGCUGCCCUGCUCCUCCUUCUCCUCCUCCCCUUCUUCCUCCCUCAUCCAGUCUCCAAUCUCACAGAGUUACCCCAACUCCCCCAACGGCUCUGCAGAGCCUGGUAGUCCGUAUCUGAUCACAGCGGAGACUCCCCCUCCUCCAUACAGCAUGAUGGAGACAAGCCCUCAAGAGGAUGGGAAGUCCAACAACUCCACAGAAACCCUCAAACUCACAUUUUCCUCUCCGCACAGAGAUUUACGGCCGGUAUGUUACGAGGAACCAGAGUACUGGUGUUCAGUAGCUUACUACGAGCUCAACAACCGUGUGGGGGAGACUUUCCACGCGUCAUCCCGCAGCGUCCUGGUGGACGGCUUCACAGACCCAUCCAACAACAAGAACCGCUUCUGCCUCGGCCUGCUAUCAAACGUCAACCGCAACUCCACCAUCGAACACACACGCAGGCACAUAGGCAAAGGUUUACACCUGUACUAUGUGGGCGGCGAGGUGUAUGCAGAGUGUCUGAGCGACAGUAGUAUCUUCGUCCAGAGCCGCAACUGUAAUUUCCAGCAUGGCUUCCACACCACCACUGUGUGUAAGAUCCCCAGCGGCUGCAGCCUCAAGAUCUUCAACAACCAGCUGUUUGCCCAACUCCUCUCCCAGUCGGUUAACCACGGCUUUGAGGUCGUUUAUGAGCUCACCAAGAUGUGUACCAUUCGCAUGAGCUUUGUUAAGGGCUGGGGUGCCGAAUACCACCGUCAAGAUGUGACCAGCACCCCCUGCUGGAUCGAGGUACAUCUGCACGGGCCCCUGCAGUGGCUGGACAAGGUGCUCACACAGAUGGGGUCCCCCCACAACCCUAUUUCUUCAGUGUCAUAACAUGGACACAUGUUGGUGCUCCUCACAGGUAGUCGUAGAGUCUGUAUGUUCUAUGUCCAGGUGUUCUGUCCUCUGGGCCUUCUCUUGACAUCUCAAACAAAAAUACCGGUUACCCACAAGCUUUGUCACAUCAUGCCACAUAACUGAAGCACAUGAGUGAUUGAAUUUGAUUUACAGCUCAUGUCGUUAAAUGAUCAAGUGUUCCUUAAUCUCAGCCAGACUGUGAUAAGGUAUUUAUUGUCUCUCUUUUUUUUUCUCUUGUCAUUGGGACAUUAACUGCACUCAAAGAAAAAAUAUAACAGGACACAUUUGAAGGUACUCCAAUACUAGUGUUAUUACGUGUUGUAAAUGGUAAUACGGUUAUAUGUAUUCUAUUUCCAUGUUUUGAAUCAUGUUUGACUGUGUUUGUUUUUUACUUGUUCCAUUAAAGUUGUUUUAAGACU